GAACGGCAGCAAAGAAUCUUCUUGCGACAACGACAAGCACCUCGCUCUUCGGCAACAAGCGCCAAGCGCCAAGCGUCCGAUGCUCCGGCCACUACCGGUGUUCCAAAGCACGCAACAAACCAGGAGAAGAUAGGGCACGCAAGAAAGAAGAGAGAGAACCUUUCGUCGGCCGAUCGAAAUGUUCCGCAAGGCAGCCGGCGGUGGGAGAGCACCCGGGAAGAGAAACAAUGCUCCCGCCGACGCGAGCGAAGGCACAGAGGAAGAUCCGGCGAAGGGCCAGAGGACUCGGGACAGCGGGGUUGCGAGGGGAGACCUCGAUUUCGAUCGCAAUGGCGAUCGCAAUGGCGAUGGCGACCCUUCCUCCGAACACGACGCCGAUCCCCCCGGACAAUACACCGGGAGAUACGAUCCAGGGGAAGCCCUGAUCUACGCCGCUCCCACGGUGGACACGCUGGGAGACGAGGAAUCCCUGUCGCGGAUGUAUCACUCUCCGCGCCAGGCGAGCGACACCCCGGGCGGAGGGUACCGGGCCUUUUCGAAAACCACCAAGAGCAACAGCGACAACGCGAGCGGAGGCAACAGCAGCACCCAUCACUAUGGCAACUCUGGCUCGGGCAACACGAACACAAAGCCACUCAUGCGAGAAGAUUCGCUCCUGCUGCCGUCGCUGUCGUCGUCGCUCUCCGCGUCCCUGUCGAUCGCCGAGCGCUCGAUGGGCCAGACCCCCACGAGGGGCGUUCCGAACCACGGAAGCCGGGCCUCCUCCAACGAGGGCAGCUCCAGGAGCUCCCGGAGCCUCCGCAGCAACCGCAGCAAAAUCCGGAGGCAGAGAAGCCUGAUCGAGCAGCAGCAGCAGCAGGAAGACCAGCGCCGGCGCCUGCAGCAGCAACAGUUCCAGCGGCUGAACCGGGAGCGGAGAAGGAGGCAGGCCAGCAAGAGCUCCCGUGAGUUCCAGCUGGAAGAGGACAGGGCGUCCGUGGUGGUCCGCAGCGUCCCCGUGGCCGAGCGAACGGCCUUUGACAAGAAGCUCCCGCCCUACCUCGUUCCGGGCCAGGGCUCCGCCAGCAGCAGCGCCGCCAGCAACGUAGCCGGGAGCGGGGAAGCGGUUUCUGGUCGAAAGGUCUCUCCCAGCCCGCAGCACUGGCGCGUCUUGCAGCAGCUGUCCAACGUGACCCACGUUCGCCAGCUGGCCUUUUCCAGCGGCCUCGGUGCGGCCGCCGAUGUCUUUUGGAGCGAGGAAUCGGAAGACCUCGAGGAUAAUAGCCCCUACGAACCACACCAGGCGAACACGGUGGGAGCCGAAACGACGGACGGCGCGGCGGUCCACAAACCCAGCACAAGCAGCGGGAAGGUUCCCCGGGACGGACGCUACCGCUCCAUCGAUCCGGUCAAGGCCACGAUGGACGCCCUGCCCAAGACACCGCCCCUCCUCAGCAACAAGAAACACCGGUUGCCCAUGCGGGCGGACGUGGGAUUCCCGCACGCCGGCGCGGACGAAAUCGCGAGGAAGCAGAACGAGAUCCGCAUGGAAACGGAGUGGGAGGAGGCCAGCCCCCGGCUCGUGGUCCUGGUCACCGGAGACGACCUCGGAACGGCCGACCACGACGACGACGCCGAAGAGAGCAAGGCAAGCUGCGACCGGUCGAGGGACAGCGAAACCACCGCGACCGGACGCCUACACAAAACGAGGGGACUGCCGGGGAUGCCCUGGGCCGGGAAGGACCUGGUACGGGCCAAGGAACGAAAUCACCGCCACUUUUCGAGAAGGCAGGAAGGUAUGCGUUCGUCGCCCCCACCGUCAAGCAGAAACGACGACGCGAGGAACGCCACAAACAUGCUGGCACCACCCCUCGACGCAAUCCACAGCAGAACCAUGGGCUGGAGGCCACGGCCCUUCCACGACCGGCCCCCCGGCCUGCGCUACGCCCUGGUCAGCCCGAUGACGGUUCGCUUUUCCGUCGGAAAAAUGGAGCCCCUCGUGUGUUCCAUGGCCCUCUAUUCCCUCAAAACGGGAAAGAUCAGCGAGGAAUUCUAUUUUCCCGCGGGAGACUGGGACGACAAGCUGCGACUGGACGCCAUCGAGAAGCGGCGGCAGGGCGGGGAGCGGAGGGAAUGCGCCGACGAAGCGGAUUUGUUGAACGAAUUGUGGAGCCAGCGGAAACACAAGGCAAUCUUUGCCUACAACACGUGGGCGGUGGAUGCGCGGGAACCAGAAAAGGACGAUGCCCUGCACGUGGUUCUACAGGUUUACAAGGUGUCCCACACUGAUGCUCUCACGGCGUACUUGACCUCGAGCAGCACCGAAUACCGGAGUUCCUUUUCCUCCUCGUCCGACAAGAAAUCGUGGAGGAAAAAGCUAAGGAAGCGAUUCGAAAAGGACCAGAGACGACCAAAUGGUGGCAGCUCGGUAGCGGGAGACGAUGCCGAGAUCGAAAAAGCCAUUCUUCGCUCUAGCUCGGUCUUUGAAGCGUACGGAACGCAGUUCACGUCCCCCCUCUGUUACGGGAUCACCCGCUUGUUCCCGGAAGACACGGACGCCACGAGCCGGAUCAACACGUGGCCACGGGGCCAGGUGCAGCAGAACAUGGAUCUGUACGCGUCUCCGAGCUACUCGGAAUCCCAGGACGACUUUCUGAAGCGCCUCCGAAAGGCAGCGGCUUCGGCACCGACCUUCCACGGAAGCGACGCCCUCGGGCACUCCCGCUCGACGUCGUCCUCCAACCUCUCCACCGUGUCCGAAGAACUUACCCGGAGCACGAGCGGCGGCGACGAAGACCCGCCCGCGGAGCCGCAGGCGCCCGGCGCAUCGAGUGCCACGAAGAAGAAGGGGGGCAUGCGCCGGUUCGUGGCGUCGAAGCGGAGCUCGAAAAAGGGCCCGGGUUCCGAUUCCGGUGCCAAGCACAUCGAAGACACCCCCUCGAUACCGGGUUCCGUGACCCUCUUCACCUCCCAUCUGGGGGUCGAUUUCUUGCAGUCCAUGCUUGCGACGCCCCCCGAGCUGAUCGACAAGAUCUCGAUCCAAAAGGCCGCACCCAACGACAGCGGCGAGCCCGAAGAAGUCGUCCUGCCCAGGAUUUUGGUGGACGCCUCGGGAGAUUCCGCGAUCAUGGUCGAUCCCAAAAAGACGGCCACGAAUUCUUCCAAGCGUUCCGACCUCGUUCGUCUUCCGUCCACCCGGCUGGCAGAACACCUCGACUCGUCGGAAUUCCGAGAAGUCCUCUAUUUCUCUCCCGAACCCGACAGAAUAUUCGAGCCGUCCGAUCACAGGUCCUUGCUGAACCUGUUGUACCUCUAUCCCCGCCUCCUGGUUCUGAAAUCAAGCGACGGCGGGGGCACGGUCGCAAAAGACGGGCACCGGCACAAAUACACCGUUCGGAUGCGUCUGGUUCAGAACGUUUCUUCGACCAGUGAGUCAGGGGUGAUCGAGUCGCGGAACGAGAUCAUCACCUCGUUCCACAACCCCGCGUCGUGGAGCGGAUCCAAUCUGCUGCAGUCGGUCUUUACCCGGAUUCCGAGAGACGGUGCCGAAUCGGGACCGAAGCGCCGACAGAAGGCAGACGACCCCCGGGCAGGCAUUUCCCUCCGCGACGAAUUCAAGAUGAAGCUUCCCGUGAUUCUAGACGGGACCUACUUUCUGCAGUUUUCACUCUUUGCGGUCGAGAUCCACGACUACAUCGACGGGCGCUCUUUGCUCGGAAGCCGCGAUUCGUUCAGCAGCGGGAGCAGUGGAGAGGCGGACUGUGGGAUCACCCUAAGCCCGCUGGCCGAGACCACCAUCCCGCUCAGCUCUUCUUCCACCCGCGAUCCCAGGUCCGGUGUGAAGGCUACGACGGUCAUACCGAACGGCUGCCACCGCCUCAAGCUGGGAAACUUCCAGCUUCAAGUGGAAACCCGCCUCGUGAGCUCAAUCCACGUCUCCGACCCAGCGGUGGGUGCCGCGCUGCGCGAGUUUCCCCUCGCCAGCAACGACGGCCACCCGGGAAACAUCCGGGGCAACGAAGUUCUGGAGGAAAUGGCCAUAAGCAGCCGCCACAGCGCAGUUGGGAGAUCCGUGUCCUCCCGCGGAUCCGAGGGUUUCCCGGCCAAGAUAUCGUUUGCGACACUGAUGGCUGCGGCCUCGGGAAACGGGUUGGCGAGUCACUUUCACUCUCUCUUCUACCUGCACCUGCGCAAUCUAACGAAAACAACCKGGCAGGAGAUGGAGACCAGCGAAAAAUUCAUUGUAGACAACAUGCAAAGCAUGCUGGUUCUAUUCCAGAAAGUCAAGUCGUUUUUCUUGUCUCAAGGUCGCGACCGAGACAGGGUACGCCUUGCUAUGUUCUUCAAAGCCAACCUGGAUUUAUUCGACGAAGCUUCGUACAACGUCACUUCAAACGCCCAACACAUCGAAGACGACUCUGCAUCGGAAUAUAUUGUGGAACAAAGGCAUUCGCUGGAAAUGGACGUUACCGAAGAAGAACAGGACGAAGUGUUUGACGGUGGUGCGAUCAGAAGACGGACGAGGGAUCCCGUGAGCUCCGAUCUUGUAAUUCGUCUCACUAGAACAUACUCUACUUUGGAGGCUACCGAGGUUAGCUUCUCGCGGGUUGCUUACGGUGCCUCGAAAAGCGAUCACAUGAGACUCGAGGCUCAGCUCGGAAACGAGCGGGGUCGGGUAACGAAACUUUUUGACGACGACGAGACCGUUGUAACCCUCAUGUCGCCAAAACACAUUGACAGUUUUAUUGAGGGGGGAAAGAGCUUCGAUAAAAUGACAAAGGGUCUUUCCAUAUCGCAACACGAUGAAAACCUCAACGAGAGCCAGGUCCAUUCCGUCAACGUUCUCGAAAAAACCGCGGGUAAUCCGGAGAAGCUCAUCGACAUCGAGAUGCCCGGCAGCCAAACGCCCAUGUCGGAAUUCAACAUCGGAAUGCGGAUGAAAUCUGCCGCGCAGGUGGUGCUUGCCCCGUGCGCCACCGUUACACCCACGCUCGCGGCGUUUCUUUGUAGGACAAGUCCCCGCAAUUUCUCGUCGGCCUUUGGGGGCAUCGAGACGACCCCGGACUUUGAGAGUGUUCCAAAAGCUUUGCAAGCCGGCCUCGAGCCCAUCACGGAGGAAGACGAUCCAGCGCCAAUAUCGUGUCCCGGCUCCGAUCUCGAUGACGAGGACGCCGAUGAGAUUGCACCCGAAAAACGCGACGGCAGCUCUUCUCCGUACUGCACGAACGACGGUAUAUUUCGCGGGGCAAGAAAUAUUGUCAAGCUGGAAUUCUCAAUUCGACAAGGCUGUAGCGAUAGAAGAAAAGCCCAAGUUUCGAGGGGGCAGUAUGUGUACGAAACCAUCAUGGUACUUUGGCUACAAGCAUGGUCGAAUUACGUCAGCAAUCUUCCCCAGAAUUCAGAAAAUGGAGUUGCUAUAAAUUUUCUUGGUCAGGGAGUGAUUGGCAAUACCUUCUCUAUGUUUUAUCUCCAAAUCGACUUUAUCCUGCCGAUGCUGCUGAAAUCAGUAAUAUUGAGGUGCAGCCAAUUGCUCAAGGCGCCUGGAAAAAGGGGGGCCCGAUGCAUUUUGGAUGAAGACCACGUCUAUGUCUUUGAAUCCUUCUUUGAGAUGCUCGCAAUUGGUUUGAUGGGUCAGGCGAUGACUGAACUGCAAGAACCGACAGAACACGGCACUCUAUGCGAUGCAAUCAACACAUGUGAUCACA